ACCAAAAGCAACUGAAGGCAGCAGCGGAGGGAGGCGGUGUUGCCGAGCUGACUGCAUGAGCACACUGAGCACACCCUGCAAGCGAGCCGCACAGUGUUAACAGGCACGAAAAUGUCGGGGAAGAGUUUUCGAGUCAGCGACGGGGACUGGAUUUGUCCCGAUAAGAAGUGUGGAAACGUGAACUUUGCUAGAAGAACAAGUUGUAACAGAUGUGGCAGGGAGAAAACCACAGAGGCAAAGAUGAUGAAAGCAGGAGGAACAGAGAUUGGGAAAACCCUGGCUGAGAAGAGUAGAGGCCUCUUCAGUGCAAAUGAUUGGCAAUGCAAAACAUGUGGCAAUGUGAACUGGGCUAGACGGUCAGAGUGCAACAUGUGUAACACACCGAAAUAUGCAAAGCUUGAAGAGAGAACAGGUUAUGGUGGAGGUUUCAAUGAAAGGGAAAAUGUAGAAUACAUUGAACGGGAGGAAUCUGAUGGUGAAUAUGAUGAGUUUGGUAGGAAAAAGAAAAAGUAUCGUGGGAAGAAAAACAGCACAUCUUCCUCAAAAGAAAGUGAAAAGAAAGAAGUAACAAAAGAUGAAGAUGAUGAUGAGGAAGAAGACGAUGAUGAUGAUGGUGACCUCUCCAAGUACAAACUGGAUGAUGAUGAUGACGACGACGAAGAUGGGGACCUAUCAAAGUACGACUUGAACGCCAGUGAUGAAGAAGACAAGCCAGCCAAGAAAAAGGGCAGCCGCUCAGGAUCGUCCCGUUCCCGCUCAUCCUCGCGCUCCUCCAGCUCCAGUUCACGGUCGAGGUCCAGGUCCCGCUCUAGAAGCUCAUCCAGUUCCAGGUCUGGAUCUCGUUCGAGGUCCCACUCCAGAUCCAGCUCCAGGUCUGGAAAGGGCUCCUCUCCCCGGAAGAGGUCCCGAUCACCUUCCUCCUCACCUGAGAGGACACAGAAGCGCAGUCGCUCCAGGUCCUCAUCUGGAGGGAGAAAACGAAGGCGCUCUAGAUCACGUUCGUCCGAAAGGCGCAGUGGCCAGUCCUCUGGAUCCUCCCAUUCUGGCUCCAGUUCAAAAAAGAAAUAACUUUAUUACAGCCUUUCAACCAAGAAAAGGAACCUUAGUACAAGUGCAUGUUGUGUUGCAAGGAAAACAACCACAUCCAUUGAGUAUGCUGUUCAUUUUCACAGAACCUCCAAAGUCUUAUUUUCCAUAAAAGAAAACGGCGGCAAUGUGUCUUCUCUCUGCUGUUACCUAUCAUUACAUGCUCCCUUUUUAAAACCACAUACACCCACAAUCUGUGACAAUUGUCUGUAACUAUAGGUGUCCAAUAAACAUAAAUGUUUGGUCCUGUAAGAAAAUCAGAUACACUGUGAAGAGGCUGUAUCCCAUUUUUAACCCAUUCUGCAUAUCCUCAUGACAAUAGAUUUGUUCUAUUCAACUGUGGGGGAAAAUGAAGUCAGCAUUUUUGGUAACUUUUUUUGGCCCUAGGAAACCUCAGAGCAGAGAUUGUGUUUAAAAAAAAAAAAAAAAAAAUUUUUUUUUUCUCCAGAAAACAAAAGUUGAAGUAUUUAAGUACCAAUUUAGAACUCUAGGGGUGUAGCAAUGAAUUUGGCCCGUUUGGUUUAUUUUCCUGAUAAAUUUAUAUUUUAUUUUGUGUUUUCAAGGUAAGUAUUUUACUUUUUAAUAUUGCUUGUUUUAAGUAAAUCGCAGUAGGUUCAACAUUCUUUGGUCAAGGUAUAAGUGUAACUUUUCUUUACACAUUUUGCCUAAUUUACCACUCCGUUAUUCCUCUUCAUUUUUCACUUUGGCAAAUAAUGAAUUCAAUAAAUAAGCAGAUUAGUGCAACAGUAAGAGCAACAACAAACACAUGUCCCGAUUUAUGGUAGACUGCGGCAACACAGUCUUUACUGGUGAAACAACUAAAAUGUACACGUGUAAAUAAAAUCCUGUCGACAUUG